UCAGUCAGUGCGCCCGCUGGCACCGGAGCACCGGAGAGAUUGAAAGUGACACACUGGUGAUUAGAAGCCGCCGCGCUGCGCCGCUCACAUCCCGUCGUUAUCACGACACUCGCUCGGUAAACACCGCUCGGCUCGUACUUCAGUCUCCAGGUUUUUGGUUUUGUUUCUCUUUCCGUUGCGGCUUGUAUUUUUUACGCGUUUCUCUCACACACACCCACACACUCUCUCUCUUGCUCACACACACUCUCUCUUCCUCAGGAUGAGGCGAUGAGUUGAGCGGUGCGAGGACUUCACAUCCACACAGACGCGUUUCGAGCGACCAGGCGGACGGACGCGUAAAAAGGAGGACGACCGGAAAAAAGUGCGUCAAGUUUUGGAGGUUUGCUCUCCGGUUCGACAGAUCCAGGACCAGUGCUGCUGCUGCAGCUGUUGUCAGAGUCUCUCUCCCCUCUUCCUCUCUCUGUCUGCCGGUACUUCCCCUCACACACGCGCAGCCUCCGUCCACCUUCAGAGUCCGAGCAUCUCGCCACAAGUCGCUCUGCAGCUUUUACGCGCCAUCGUCGCCCUCCUUUCCCCCCUCGUCCCCCCCGCGCGCGCACACACACACACACACACACACACACACCGUCAACACUAACUCAAACUUUUCGUCAACCCCCCCACCCCCUCCCCUCUUUGUGUGGAUCCACUGUCCCGGACUCCCCGAGUCCAGAUUCGGGCUCAGUACCCGCGCGUAAAACCCGCCGAGCGUCCGGGAGCCGAACCUCAGCUCCAGCCCUGGAUUCAAUACUCCUGAUCAAUGGACAGAGCCUCCUCAGCGGCCAGCAGCGCUACCGACACGCCGUAAACAACUCCUUCUCUCUGGCGGGCGCUCCUCUGGGGCUCUGGAGGAGGAUGGAGCGAGGAGGGGAGAGUCCCAUCACCCAGGACAGUCCUGAGCGGAGGGGCGGCAGCCCGGACCCCAGCGGCCUCCCGCCGCCGGGGAAGAAGGGCCGACUGGAGCUCAACGGGAGCCCCACGGGGCCACGCCUGCGCCACAACGGAGCGCCGCUGAGGCCCCUGGGAGGUCUGAUGAUUCCCGUCUUCUGCGUGGUGGAGCAGGCGGACGCAGGGAUGCAGACGGACGGGUGCGAGGGGCGCGAGGAGCACGCCGAGUUCGUGCUGGUCAGGAAGGACAUUCUCUUCUCUCAGCUGGUGGAGACGGCGCUGCUGGCCCUCGGCUACUCCCACAGCUCCGCCGCACAAGCCCACGGUAUCAUCAAAGUAGGGCGGUGGAACCCGCUGCCCAUCCACUUCCUGACCGACGCCCCCGAGGCGACGGUGGCCGACAUGCUGAUGGAGGUCUACCACAUGGUCACGCUGCGGAUUCAACUGCAAAGUUUCUCGAGGCUGGAGGAUCUGCCCUGUGAACAGUGGAACCACGCGACCGUCAGGAACGCUCUCAAAGAGCUGCUGAAGGAAAUGAACCAGAGCACGCUGGCCAAAGAGUGUCCGCUGUCACAGAGUAUGAUCUCCUCCAUCGUGAACAGUUCGUACUACGCCAACGUCUCCACGGCCAAAUGUCAGGAGUUUGGACGCUGGUACAAGAAGUACAAGAAAAUCAAAGUCGACUAUCUGGAGAAGAUGUGGUCUGGACGAGACCCCGCAGAAAUCAAAAUAGAGAGAGACAACAUGGCCGACUUCUGCGUGCCGGGCCAGAGGCCUCCCCCUGCUCACCUGGCCGGCCUGGCCCAGCUCAGUCACCUGGGGGCGGGCGGUCCGCUGCUCAAAGCUGGAGACCCGCAGGUCAACUCCCAUCAGCAGCAGCCGCCCCAGCAGCCUCCGCCUCCCCGGCAGCAGCCCUCGCCCCACGGCCCCCUCCACCACAGCCCUCCCCUGCGUACGGGCCAGGUGCCUCCUCCGCCCCCUCCGCCCCCGCCCGGCGCCCUGCAGCCCCUGCUGGGGCCAGGUGGGCUGCUCUCCCCGCAGCUCUCCCCGCAGCUGGUGCGUCAGCAGCUCGCCAUGGCCCACCUCAUCAACCAGCAGCUAGCCGUUAGCCGCCUGCUGGCCCACCAGCACCCGCAGGCGCUCAACCAGCAGUUCCUCAACCACCCGCCCAUCCCUCGGGGCUCGUCCAAAGCCGGCGGCGACCAUCCCGGGAGCAACCCCUCGGCCGCCGAAGUCUCCUCUGAAAUCUACCAGCAGGUCAGAGACGAGCUGAAGAGAGCUAGUGUCUCCCAGGCCGUGUUCGCCCGUGUGGCUUUCAACCGCACACAGGGUUUGCUGUCCGAGAUCCUGAGGAAGGAGGAGGACCCUCGCACCGCCUCGCAGUCGCUGCUGGUCAACCUGAAGGCCAUGCAGAACUUCCUCAACCUGCCGGAGACCGAGAGAGACCGGAUCUACCAGGAGGAGCGGGAGCGCACCAUGAACCCCUCGGUCGGCCUCCCCGCCUCCAACUCCUCCAACCCGGGGGCGCCGCGCCUCUCGCAGAAAGUGUGGGAGAGGAGCUUGGACGACCAGAUCACUCCUGAUACCUGGGCCUCCAUCUGGAAGAACAAGACUAAGAUCUCCAACUCGCCCAAGCCCCCCGGCCCGGCCCCCGACCUCCCACUGAAGCUGGAGUCGCUGGUCAACAUCACAUCGGGCAUCUACGACGAGAUCCAGCAGGAGAUGAAGAGAGCCAAGGUGUCGCAGGCGCUGUUCGCCAAGGUGGCGGCCAACAAGAGCCAGGGUUGGCUGUGCGAGCUGCUGCGGUGGAAGGAGAACCCCAGCCCGGAGAACCGCACGCUGUGGGAGAACCUGUGCACCAUCCGCAGGUUCCUGACGCUGCCGCAGGCCGACAGGGACCUGGCGUACGAGGAGGAGUCCAGACACCAUCACAGCGAGCGGCUGCACACCGUGCUGCACCUGCCGCAGGACACACAGCUCUUUUGUUUCUCCCGCCAGGCGCUCCACAGGCCUCCCCCGCCCCCCAUGAAGGAGCACCGCCUGUCUCCGAUGCGCGAGGAGCCGGCGUCCGCUCCGGGGAACGAGGACGGAGCGCAGAACCUGGGCGCCGUGGCCGUCGGCGGGUGUCAGUCCGGGUCUGUCGGCGGCGCCGGCGGCAACAAGAAGCCACGAUCACGCACUAAGAUUUCCCUGGAGGCCCUGGGAAUCCUGCAGAGCUUCAUCCAGGACGUGGGCCUGUAUCCGGACCAGGAGGCCAUCCACACCCUGUCGGCGCAGCUCGACCUGCCCAAACACACCAUCAUCAAGUUCUUCCAGAACCAGCGCUACCACGUCAAGCACCACGGCCGCCUCAAGGAGCUGGGCGAGGGGGCGGCCGCCAGCGGGGGCGUGGACGUCAGCGAGUACAGAGAAGAGGAGCUGCUGUCCGGCUCCGAGGACCCGGAGUCCAGCGAGGACGGGGCGGAGGAGAUCUACCAGUCCACGGAGGGGAGCGGUGGGAGCGCGGGGGGGCUGAACCAGCCCCGUCCGGCCUCCUCCAGCUCCGGCCAAUCGUCCUCAGGCGCCAACGUGGCCCCGGAGGAAGGAAAGGACAAGAGGGGCAGCAUGGCCCCCGGGAGCUGCUCAUCCAGUCCCAGAGAGCAGGCCGACUACCAGAGGUAGAGACUGACGGACAAGAGAGGAGAGGACGGGGGGAAGAGAGAGGGAACCAGAUAAAGAACUGAGUAACUGGAAAUGAACUGGUGGAAUAUCGCUGGACAGAAACUGUAAGACGCGUAAACGUCUGUAGAUUAACCAAGAAACCGUUUGACUGAAAGACUGAACAGGCGGAGUGAAAGUACCUCAGCCAAAGAACGAGUGCUGUUCCCGUAACUGUGAAACAAGGUUUUCCAGCAAAUGUUUUAAAAUAAUUCACUCCAGACUUUUCAUUAGCAGGUGAGACGACGACUAACUGCUGCUACCAACCUGCACACAAACGGGCACAAAACACAAAUCUUUGAAUCUUCAGAACGUUUCUGACCAAUCAACCCGACGGACGGACGUCGGCCCCGCGUUGUCCUCGCCGGUGUCUGAGCACAGUCCCCGUAAGGACGUCACUCCCAUGAGGGUGGACUGAUUGACAUUUGAUCUGACUGGAUCUCGUCCCGAGACCCUCGACAAUCCUACAAAUCCUCAGGACCCUGAUGUUGCCAAUGCUGUCGCCUGCCGGGGGAACGUGGGCGAGAUUUGAGCGACCACCCGACACUCCGUCCUCAUCCCACCGUCACACUCCAGAAUCACCACCUGUCGUAUCUUAGCACUUAAAUUCUCACAAGGACACUGAUCUUUUUGGGGAUGUGACGACCUCUGACCUCUGGCCUCCAGAGAGGAAGAGGAGGCACGGCCGGCCGCCCUGCCAGGAGCGACGACGGGAGAGGAUGUGGCGUGGAGGGACAGUCGGGCUCUGAACCCUCUCGCUGGCAUCGCCCGCGAGCGAAAAGAAAAUGUCCAGAAAGGCAAAGACAGAGCGAGAUUCAGCAAACCAACCAAACAAUCAGUCACUUUAUGUGCGGUGGUCCGCCCCUUCCACUCGUCCUCUCUCUCCGUCUCCUCUGCCUCUCUCUCUAAUUGGUGCCCACAGUCUUGUGUUUCACCACCACACCUACCCGCACUUAAAACUUCACCAACCCUAUUUAUUGCUAUCUUUAUCCAUGAUUAUUAUUAUCAUUAUUGUUAUUAUUGUUGUUAUUAUGGUUAGGAUUGCUGUCACCCUGUGCUAUUUUGGAGUUCUUAUUUCCAUGGUUUUUUGGGUUGUCGGAGCUGGGGCGGAUGUUUCUGGGCAACGAGAGACGUUCAGGGACGUCGACGGCGAAGAGAGAAAGAAAAUAAAAAGAAAAAAGAAGCAGUUACUGAGUGUUGCUGGGUAAAAAAAAAUCAUGUCAUGUUGUAUUAUGCCAUUAUUUUUUAUAAUUCCGUUUCCCAAACUUAGUGAAUAAGAGAAAAGAGAAAUAGUUGAAUAUCAAAGUGAAACUGUGUCUCUGUUUUUUUCCCGCUGCAGUUGAUGACAAUCUACUUUUUUGAGCCAAUAAAAGAAAAGUGGCAGGUUUUGACUUUUAAUGUCUGUAAAUACCCGACGUGGGAUUAAUUAUUACUGGUCUACUUUUUAUUUCUGUGUGAGUGUUUGAGCCAGAAGAGUCUGUGUUGUUUCCUUUGGACGACUCAUUUCAUUGUUGCCAGGCAAAUUGAAUCACAAGAGUAUUUAAAAAAAUAAAAUUCAAACCAUGUUUUUCUUCUUCUGGUGCAGUUGUGUGUAAGUAACCAGUCUGUAUCGAUGUCUGCGUAUGGAUGGUGUUGUGUGUUGUGACUGUGACCGUCCUGAUCGGCUGCUACACUCAGAUAUUUACUCCUCCGAUCACUGCGUUUGACAACUGUGCUUUUUUUCUGUAUGACAGGAAUCAGGGUUAAGACUCGAAAAGAAGUUCCGACGAAAUCUUAAUUCAUCCAGUGUUGAAGUGAAUUAAAAUUUGUGAAUUAAAAAAAAGGAAAAGCAAA